GAGACAGUCUAAUAUGCUGUUUAUCUUUAUUUUAUUGUGAAUGGCUUAAAUACGUGUGGUGGUUUAUUCUAAAGUAAUAAAGGGCUCAUAAAAUUGUCAUCGUGAAGAAAAAAUAGCAGUAUUGAGUUGAUUUCUAUAGGCUGCGGUCGUGUGGAAAUAGAUAGUAAAUUCUAUUCAAUUCGAAUAAAAAACAGUAGAGUUUCGUCGCAAUGAGACUGUUGUUACAAAUACUCGCUCGGGCUAUAAGCACAUUCCUAGUCGGGUUUUUUUCCCCUCGUCCCUAUACGACCUACUGACCGAAAGCGCUGCUCCAUAUUCAUGGCUAUAUUAGACAUUUGCGCAUGAGUCACUCCCUUCAGUGUGUCUGCUCAGUCCGUCCUAGAACAGAGAGGGGUAGGUUCAGGAUUUUGGGUUUGGGUGACGCGUUUUAAUCACGUGCCCUUAUUUGAGAGCGCCUGGCGUACAUUUCUUUCCCUUCUCUCCACUCCAUCAGCGCCCAUGUCAGCCGGGCACAUAAUCAGCGUGCCACAAAGCGGUGGAUGCCCCUUAUCGCGGUGACCCCAAGGGUUCACGCCAGUGCACGGGGUUCAUCUGAGGAGAGGUCUCGGCCCCUCCUGUUCCCCCGAGACCUGGAGCGGAGCAAAACCUAAAUGUUAUUCAUUUCUGUAUCAAUAACGGAUUUCCAUUCGCAGUCACCGACCCGAAGAAAAGGUUCACAGGGAGUUGUUGGUGCACUCCCUUUUUGCAAUGGGAAGUCCUGAUAGCUGAACAUUUCAAUGAUAACUGGUUCAUCACGGCUGGCUGAUGACACCUCAACUCCAUACAAUUCCAGUAUUCGUUUCUGACUCGUCACUCAUCUGCACAAUCCGACACAAUGGCCAGCAAAAGGAAAUCUACGGUUCCCUCCAUGAUUCCAUCCAAAAGCAAGCACAUGCGAGAGGACAUCAUACUAGGAUGCUUGCCUGAGCUCCUACCCACAAUACCUGAAGACAGCAUUCUCAGUAUCUCCACAGAUGAGGAUACACAUCGAUUCCACGACUUCUCAAAACCAGACGAGAAGAGUUCAUGCUGGAAAAGGGGAACAUACAGCUGCCCUCUGUGCUGCUUUGAUUCCGGAGACUUGAACCUAUUUCUCAAUCACAUGGACAACUGUCACAUGGACUUUCAUGCUCAACCAAACUUCUACUGUUUGCCUUGCAAGGUUGCAGCGGUGAAGUUUGAAGAUCUUGCUUUACAUAAUGCAAAGUCACACCCUGAACUCCAUAAUGCACACAGGAAGGUAUCGCUGAAAGUCGCCAAAAGAGAAGGGGCAAUUACAGUGGAGCAAAACCUGUUUACGGAAGAUGAUUUUGGCGAAUCUGGGAUAUCCAUUACCAAGACACCCAUAAUGAAAAUGACCAAAGGAGGACACAAAAAAAUUGUCAUCUCCCACACUGUUGAGGUACAAAGAGCUGAGCCCAGAAAUGACAAGCUUGCAAUCGUAACCAACGGCACGUCAGUAAUGACCCUACCCCUUACGACAUCACAGCAAAUCUUCUGUGGUAUCGGUGUUCCCCCAAUGCAUAAAAUCCCAAACACAUCAGGGAUGCAUAACCGUGCCCCCCUGUGGAACUCCAAUCCUUCAUUCUCAGAAUCAAACAGUGAUCUCCCAAAGGUCAUGAUCCCUCUAAGUAGCAUCCCCACAUACGAUCCUGCCAUGGACUUGAGCAGUUUUCUUAAGACAUCCUUCGGCAAGUUUCCUUACCCAACCAAAGCCGAGCUGUGUUAUUUAACAGUGGUGUCCGGCUUUCCAGAGGAGCAGAUCAAACUCUGGUUCACGGCCCAAAGGCUGAAGCAAGGGAUCAGCUGGUCUCCUGAAGAAAUCGAAGACACGCGCAGAAAGAUGUUCAACACUGUAUUCCAAGCUGCACCGAAAACGUCACAAAAUCAGUCCCAUCACCACAUUUCCCAACACUGUGUUUCUGUCCCACCUGCAUGUUUGAGUUCAAGCUACUUACAACAGAUACCAAAGGGAAGCGUUAUGGGUUGGAAAGGAGGGGUCAUAGUCAGUCAGCCUAACGUGACCCAGGCCACAUCUCUUAAGCAGCAGCAGCCAGUUGUUCAAGCGCCACAUAUAAAUAUCCACCAUGCUCCCAUCCCUAAGGAAACUGGAAAUGAGUUCACUUUUCAGACAGCUGAGAACUGCAACAUUGCAAACAGAGGGAGUAGCGUUAGCAAUCACGGAUACACUGGAAAAAGUGAGACUGGCUGCAGCACAUAUAGCAAGACUAGUGUUAGCUGCUUGCCUGGUAAAAGCCAAAGCAGCAGUUAUAGUGAGGGCAGCAUUAUGAAUCUGACUAACAUUGUCAGAAAAAUCAACUGUCAUGUAAAUGACAGAAGUGCGAACUGCACCAGCAAAUCUAAUAUCAGUUCUGCUUCCGUUCAUGGGCAACAGAAAGCAUCCAGUAACACUAAAGAAAGCAGCGACAGCAGCACCUUUGCCGCCACCAGCAAGUAUAACAAUGGAAGCACUUAUAAAAGCACCAGCCACAGUACUAUUUGCACUAAAAGGGAUGGAAACAUGUUAGAAAACACCAGCAAAAAAAGCAGCACUAGUGAGACUAGUGUGAUCUGUAGCAGCAACAUACAAACUGAAGGGUUUAUACCGCCCCUGUUCCCUCAGCCUGGAAGUCUCAUCGAUCCAUCCCUUCGAAAAGGCAAGCUAUUGCCCGAGCUACCGGGCACUUUGAAGCAAAGCUUUAUUCAUAACUCAUUCCCAGAACAAAAGCAGGUUCAAGGUCUGCCUGUCCAGAAUCAACCAUGUGUUGGACGUACUUUGAUAGACACCCAGUCUGCUUUGGCGGGAUCGUUUAGUAAUGUUUUCCUCCAACUCCCUACAACAAGUUCACGCAUUCAGGAGGAACUUAAUCAACACUCCUCUCCCUCCCUUUCUGCUCCCCAAGAGCGAACAUCUCCAAAAACCCUUCUGGGAGCACCUCAGGUCCAAUCCCCUUACAAGGAACACGAUCCCAAGCACUUACCUGCCUUAGACAAAGACGCUAAGCUAUCGGCUUUCGAUGCAGAAAGGUUGCACUCGAACAGAAACGUAACACAAAAAGAAGGUGAAGGACUGACAAAAACGUUUAUUAUGGCUGAUGAGCACAGCAAGCUAUUAAGCGCACUACAUACUUUCCCCAUCGAGAACACUAACAAGAAACAAGAAAUGCCGCAUAUACAACAAUACGUACAAGACGCGGACCAAUGGGAAUGCAGCAGCUCAUGUCCCGAAGAGUCAAACAGGAGCCCUGUGAAGAUAAAUGUUAUAACAUUGAACAAAGAAGAGCGGUUGUACAAGACCAACAACAGCAAGCAGCUUAAGAGCAAGCCGCCGGAGACGUGGGUCAACGAUGGUGGUCCUAGCCAUAAAAAUGAAGCUUCAGAAUGGCAGGGUGUGGAAGAACAUGUAUCUGAUAUUAGUUACACCGAAACACAUCAACCAGACAACAAGGCUAACUUUCUGGAGUUUGAAACAGUCAAACUGGAUGCUCUAUCGGAGCGAAAAAGUAUUUUUCAGAGUCUGGACUCUGAAGCUCCUGCGCUGCCAAGAAAUAAGAAGUCAAAGGAAACUUUGGAUGCGUUAGACAAAUCAAGUGCAGGAGAACAAGAUUACUGGGAGAUAAAGCACGAGGAGCGUCAACAACCAAUGGCCAACCAGAGUUUAAGGGGGCAUCAAGCUCAAGACGGUCAAUCGAGAGACUGCCUCAGAGGAGAGCUUCUGAAAGUUUAAAGAUCUCACUCCUCAAGAGCAUGAGGCCGAGGAUCCCGUACUCAUCUUGAACAUUACAUUUCUUGUUUUCUUUAACUUUGACAGCAGAUGAGAUUGUAACGUUUGUGAUGGUGAAUGGACUCCAGAGAGUAGGCACUUCAAAUGUGGGUCCGAUUCGAUUUACGGACAAGGAAAUUCUAUGUAGGCAACUACAAUAUAUAUGCUUGAAACUGCACUAUCGAGGGUGUACUGGAUGUUAGGAAUGUCAGUUAGAUAUUGUGAUGCUUCUUUCUAUUUCAAAUUAUCAGCACUUCUGCAAUGCCUUGGGUUUUACCAUAUACGUUGGAGCGUUCCAACCAACUUAACCAUCAUUAUGUCCAGAUCAAAUGCAUUCUUUACAGCUUAUUUUUCCACACAGCAUCUAGCAGUUAGCAACAAUUCAUGCACAACGACUUGCUUUAGUGGUGUCUGUCUGCACACACAACCAAUCGGCCAGACAUUGCCUUAAACAUCACCUUCCUAUUUCUAUGACUGGCUGCACAAACAAGCUUUUCAGCAACCGUUUUGAUGCGUGUAUAAAAUGGGGAUGAAGAAUCCCAACAUGAA